AUGGAAGUAGGGGCGGCUAUAGUUGGGCUGAUCGUAGCGGGUGCGCAGAUUAGUGCCGCCUUGCAUCGCUUCAUCUCCGGCUGCACGAACGCCCCAGCCGCUGCUCACAGUAUUUAUCAAGAGGUUAAUGAGUUUCGCAUAGUACUUCAAAAGUUGCAGAAUAUUGUGUCUAGCACAGAGCUAGAACCUCUCGAUAACGCUAAAGCCUCAUUAAUUGAUACCGGACCAAUUUCUUUCACCCUCGUUCAAUGUGUGUGCACAUUCUCCGAGCUAGAGAAGGAAUUGAAACGAAUGAAGCUCGAUGAAUUAAAUCUGGAGGGAAAGAAGCUGGGCGUUUGGCAUCGCAUGAAAUGGAAUUUCGUGGAGCAAACAAUGUCCACAAUGAUUUCGCGGAUUCAGAAUCACAAGAACAGUUUGGGGUUACUUCUGUCCAUAUUGAUUACGUAUGGCUCCAUCUGGUCUAGUCUUCUUUUGUUUGGAGAAGGCAUCGAGUGCUUUUUGACUCGACUAACCCAUAUGGCCUUUCCUAGCGAAGCAAUCGGCGAUGUAAAGGGACUUGUGCAAGAUUUUCAUGCCAUAGUGGCUCAGGGGGUUGUUCCGCUGCCAAAAAGAUCAAUAAAACCGGACUCAGAUUUUAGACCUUCAACGUAUCAUGAUAUUACAGGGUCCUCUUUGGACAACGAUGCGAGUUCUAUCAGGACAACAACAGGGUCUUCAAUUCGUUCUCAAUCUAUUCUACCAUCCCUACAGUCUACGUUAUUCUCCAGUCGGCCGUAUCGGAAUAGAAGUAGUAGUGAGUCGAUUAUAUCCGUGGCGACAUCCAAACGCCGUGGAGGAAACUGGACUUUAGAUGCUGGUGACUCGAAGUAUUCCGUUUUCUCUUUGCCAGUCUCCGUCAACACAACAUCGGGUAUCAGUCUUGCAGAAGCACCGCCCAUCUCACAGAUACACUUAGCCAUACCUGCGAAAAUCCUGCAUGACUCCAAUUGGUGCACAAACUUCUAUUCGGACCCUUCUAGGCUAUAUGGGUUCCUUACGGUAGACGAGAGAACGACCUGGUCAGCGCCUAGUCCCCCAAACCUGGGCGGAUCCUUAUUGUUAAAAGCUGUUUACAAAGGAUUGACAACGGUAGUAUUUCUAUUCCUAUUAGAUUCCUCAACACCCAAAGAUGCAAGGACUCAAGAUGGAUACAAUGCACUAGAUCUAGCUGCAGAAUAUGGGCAUGUGGAAAUUGCUCAGAUGUUAUUGGAAAAAGGCGCGGACACGAAUUCAAGUUACGGUGGAUAUAGGGCAUUACACCGAGCGGUGGUGGGACGGUCCAUUGCCCUCAUUCAAAUGCUUCUAGAUAAAGGGGCUGAUCUGGAAGCAAGGGAGCUAGUAAAUAGUUAUACACCACUGCAUCUGGCAGCCAGACACGCUUUUCAUGAAGUUGUCAGUCUAUUGCUAGAUAGAGGUGCCAAUAUCGAAGCAAAGGCCGUGGACGGGUAUACACCAUUGCAUCUGGCGGCCGAAGAGGGUCACAAUGAAGCUGUUAGUCUAUUACUAGGUGGAGGUGCCAAUAUAGACGCAAAGGACGCGUACGAGUAUACACCAUUGCAUCUGGCGGCUGAACAGGGUCACAAUACAACUAUUAGUCUAUUACUAGAUACAGGUGCCAAUAUCAACGCAAAGGCCGCGGACGAGGAUACACCAUUGCAUCUGGCGGUCAAAUACGGUUUUGGGGUUAUCAGUCUAUUGCUAGACAGAGGUGCCAAUAUCGAAGCAAAGGCUGCGGACGAGUAUACGCCAUUGCAUCUCGCAGCCAAAAACGCUAGUCUUGAGGCUGCCCGUCUAUUACUAGAUAAAGGCGCCAAUAUCGAAGCAAAGGCUGCGUACGGGUAUACGCCAUUGCAUCUCGCAGCCAAACACGCUCGUCUUGAGGUUGCCCGUCUAUUACUAGAUAGAGGUGCUAAUAUCAACGCAAAGGCCGCGGACGAGGAUACACCAUUGCAUCUAGCCGUCAAAUACGGCUUUGGGGUUAUCAGUCUAUUGCUAGACAGAGGUGCCAAUAUCGAAGCAAAGGCUGAGGACAAGUAUACGCCAUUGCAUCUCGCAGCCAAACACACUCGUCUUGAGGUUGCCCGUCUGUUACUAGAUAAAGGUGCCAAUAUCAACGCAAAGGCCGCGGACGAGUAUACACCACUGCAUCUGGCGGUCAAAUACGGUUUUGGGGCUAUCGGUCUAUUGUUAGAUAGAGGUGCCAAUAUCGAAGCAAAAGCUGCGGACGAGUAUACACCAUUGCAUGUGGCGGUCACGUGCGGUCACAGUUACUAUACAGCUGUAAGUCUACUGCUAGAUCGCGGUGCCAACAUCAACGCAAAGGCCGCGGACGAGUAUACACCAUUGCAUCUAGCGGCCAAACACGGUUACGUUAAAUUUGCCUGCCUACUACUAGAUAAAGGCGCUAAUAUCGACGCAAGAACCUCGGAGGGGGAAACCCCGCUGCACCUGGCAUCCAAAUCUUCACCGGAAACCUCGGAGGGGGAAACCCCGCCGCACCUGACAUCCAAAUAUUCACCGGGAAUGGUCGAAAGGUUGGUAAAGGCUGGAGCAAACCUUAAUGCAAAGAAUCACAAGGGAGAAACUGUAAGAGAUCAGGCUAUUAAGCACAAGAACACGUGGAUUAUCACGCUAUUGAGUACUGAAACGGACUUGAUGUAA